GAUAGUUCGAGGUUGCCUGCGACGUUUACCAACUCUGCAAAUUUGGCGUCUACGGAGAUAGGUUUUUUCGACUUUGAAAGAGAAAUUUCAACAAUUUUAUAAUCAAAACCAUGUCACCGAAGACUAAAAAAAUGAUCGUCAAGAUUCCGCGCCAUCCCUACUUCAAUGUGCAGGGCGAACGGAGCGUGGAGCGCGAGGUGGAGUACCAGGUCCGAAAGUGUCGCGUGAAUCUGGAGCGCAUCAAGUCGUCGACUUCUCCGAAUUCCCGUCCAUUCCCGUUAAAACCGAAGCCCAAGAGAUGCAUUGUACGUGUAGCCCGACUGCCGGACGUGGAGCGCAGCGAGAUUUCCGUGACACCGGCCAGUUCCAUCAUGAAUUCCGACAUUGACGAGAGUAGGUGCCAGGUCUUCUAGGGAACCUACGCCACAGACUACUUUAAAGCAUUCUUCUUCAUGUUAUCCUUACAGAUAGUGGCAGCGAUCAGGAGUCUAAUCUGACAAUCUAGUCGUCUCAUACUCAAAGAGCAAUCAACGCAUCCAGCUGACAAACUUCUAAUCGCACUUGGAGUCAUUCGAAGUACACAGAGUACAUGUCCAAGAUAAACCAAAUAGAUGUGCGGGGCUAUCCUUUUCCUGAAUAUAUAUGUAUAAGAUCCUUAUCUAAGACUUUAUGCAAAUCAAGCUCGAUUUCUUAAUACAAACUCGUGCGCCUAAAUAG